CAGAUCAGCUGUCUCAAACACAACUUUGCCAAGGAAAUAAUAACGGGAAGUUACAUUGGCGCUGUCAUCAGCGAUAAGUCUUGAAUAUGACGCAAGAACACUACGACAACAGUUGAACUAUAAACCCACAUGCAAUCUUGCAGGAUACACCACGCAGUGGGAUCUGGUCAGUAUUGAGUGUUCUUUACGUGUUCGUCAGGAUUACAUAGGAACGUGAAUGGCGCAACAUCUUUAGGCGAGGGAUCUACGCAUAAUGGUCUUCGACGUUGCAGCUGUUGUAGUCAGCGUCAUCGUCCUCACGGGAGUGGUUCUCGUCAUCGUCGCUGGACUGUGUACGAAUAGUUGGUGCUGCCAAGAGAACAUUGACCCACCCUCCGGCGAGAGCAGGAUCCCCGUCGCAAACGAUUACGUGAAUAUUAAUCCUUCGAAAGCUGGGAAAAAUACUAAUCCUCCGAAAGCUGGGAAAAGUGAGAAAAAGGGGAAAAGUGGGAAAAACAGAUUCUCUCGGGCGACUACAACUUGUGACAAUACUGACAUUAAUGACGACCACGUGUAUGAAGACGUCACCGCAAGGCGACCAAGCAAAAAGGAGGCUGAGCCAUGCCGAGGUUACUUGUCCAUGGAGGUGUUGAAGAUUAACCCGAAUCGCGACUCAAACCGAGCACGCACGUGUGAGAGACCAGUCAAAAGUGUCUACAUCAGUGACGUCAAUCUGCAGUAGAAGGAUACUUUACUGUGGCAUGGUCAGCAAACUGACGUUAUGUGUGGUGGCGUGUGCUGACAAGAAUAUGAAACGGAAUUAGAUAGGAAUUAUAUAUUAUAGGAAUAUAGGUGAUUUACCUUUGAUGGUUAAGUAUUGGUAGGGUAUAUAUCAAUAAAAGUAAACGUUGAUAUAGAUAAUGUUCAAGAAAAAGAUAAUUGACUUUCACUUCAACAGUUUAAAACGUUCAUGUAAUUUCCAAUUAUAUAUAUAAUAUACUACUCAAAAGAAUUAAAGAACACCCGGGUAUAUAUAUAUAUAU